AUGCUGUUGGGCUCUUGCGGAGUCGCUUUAUGUUUCUCCUGCUUGGCCACGGCUCAGUCACUACCUAGCUCAUUUCCUCAUCUCUAUGCUGGUGCUCCCUCUGGCGACUACAGUCCCGAAUGGCAAAGCUAUUUUGAAGUCACCGAGCCACUCCCGAACGUUACAUUUCCUUUAACACGAAGUUUCGCUGGAAACCUUCCAGUUCAACGUGCAGAUCAUCCUAACGAUACCCUUUUCUUCUGGGCUUUCGAACAUCAGAACGGUUCAUUGACAUCAAAUACAAGUACUGAACCGUGGGGAAUUUGGUUAAAUGGAGGACCUGGGUCCUCCAGUAUGGCAGGCAUGUUUUUUGAAAACGGACCAAUGCAUAUCAAUGGCGACUACUCCAUGUCUUCGAACACAGAAUUUUCCUGGGAUACAGUAGCGGACUACGUGUGGAUCGAUCAACCAGUUGGGACUGGUUUCUCCACUGCUGACGAAGCCGGCUACAUCUCUGGAGAAGAUCAGAUGGGAGCGGAUUUUCUAGGAUUUUUGAGCAAUCUUGUCAAGGUUUUCCCGAGUCUUGCCACUCGUCCUCUAUAUAUCACUGGCGAAAGUUAUGCUGGAACAUACAUACCCUACAUAUUGAAAGCUCAUUUUGAGAGUCCUAAUUCUCCCGUAACGAUUGCUAAAAUCGCUAUCGGCGACGGCUCAGUAGGUUCUGGUCCGGAAUUUCAAGAUCUUCCAGCAGUCACUGUUAUAGAGACUUAUCCACAACUUAUAAAUUAUGACCCCGAAGUAUUCGAAUACUUCGAAGAACAGAGUCACCUCUGUGGCUACGAUGUGAACCUGACUUAUCCACAAAAUGGUACAAUACCAACGCUUGGUUAUGUCCCUGGAAUCUACGAUAGCGACGAGGCAGGCUCUUUUUCCAGCAGAUUGAAGUUCUCGAACAACUUCAAGAGCCGUUCAUUCCGCUCUCGGCUUUUAUCUCGCUUCCAAGAGCGAUCGAAGACGGAAGACCUGCACCCGUUUGCAAAAUCGACACAUUUCCGUAAACGUGAGGAGAGGCGCCAGGAUUGGGUUCGGAGCAAGCGAGAUUUGACCGGAAGAGCUAAUGGGACAAUUGAUUCAAGGUACGGUUGUGAUCUCCUGGAUGAGUUCAUCGACUACGCCAUCAACUUUACAUUUCCUUGGACUCUCUCUCAACCGGAUGGAGGAGUUUUUGAUGUUUACAAUAUCCCCGACGCACUCGACCCGGAAGUUCCUAUCGAUGCGUCUGUCUUCCUCAACGACAAUCGAACGAGGGCGGCUAUCCAUGCUCCCACCAGCAAAGAUUGGGUGUUAGAUUUUGAUUUUCCAUUCGGAGCUUUAGGAGGUAAGCCAAUGACAUUCUUGACUGAUCUUGCUACCAACGGCACUGAAAAAGGCGUCGGUUUUGUAUUCUUCUCGGGAAAUGAUGAUUCAUUGAUAGCACAUCGCGGGACAGAGGCUCCACCUUCGAUACCUCUGCAGAAUACUACGUUCGGAGGUAUUCAAGGCUUCACGCGGAAGCCCGCAACCCCCUGGACCGAUGUUUCGGGUACCCUUGCUGGAAUCGUUCAUCAAGAGAGAAAUUGGACCUACGUUCUGUUCAAAGGUGCUGGGCAUUUGGUAGCAGCGACGGCCCCAGCAAAUGCCAAGAUAUUCCUUCAGCAAUUUGUAUUCGGUACCAAUACAACUGGACUGGUCACUGGUUCGACUGUAACGGGCGGUGAAGAUCCAGAACUUGCAGAAGAUGUUAUGCCUGGCUCCGAUCCCAUCUUUUACGGCUCGUUGUCUACAGAAUCUUCAACCAUUUGGCCAGAAGCCACUCGGGCUGCCUGGACAUCAUUUAUACAGACAGAGACAGCUUCUGUUACCACGACUCCUAUAUCUACUUCUAUUGCAGUCUCCUCUACCUCCGGUGCUGUACGUCGCACCGUUCCUUGUUAUAUUUUCACAGGUCUAACGAUGCUUUUGUAUGUCUUCUUGUCGUGA